AUCCUACAAAUGAUCGCUUUGCAUUUUCGGUGACGACAAGGAAGUAGGUCGUACUAAAAGGACCAGUGAGGAGUGUUAUUGAGCUGAUGAUGGCUAAACGAAUAAGGCAGCAUGUUUUCCAGGCAAGGAGGGAAAUGGCAGGAGAAUGACAAUCGAGUGCAGUUUCUGGAAUGUGGAGAGCCAGAUUGUGAUGCAGGCCCGAGGAAGUGAUAAGGACGCAUGUGACUAACCCACUUCUACUUGGGACAUGGUUUAAACGUGGUUGAAGGCCCGUAACGAUGGAUUUCAUUAACACUUUUCUUGAGGUGUUUCCACUUGUUUGCACCGUGCUCUAUGUCGAUGGAGGGAAACUUGAAGACCCCAGUGCGUUCACUAGGACAAUCCGUAUGCCUCAUGUCCGAGCCGAGGAGGCAGACGCUCUCCUCUGCCAUGCGGUGAGGUUAAACAGGAGAACGGCAUACAUAGUCAAGUAUGACCCCCACGCCUCCAGAACCAGAGCACAUCAUCUGAUGGUGUACGGAUGCAAGGUUCCCGGGAGUACGCGACCCUACUGGUCUUGUGGGGAGACCAGUGACCGCUCGGAGCGCUCAGUGUGUUCAGACGGAGACCGCCAAGUAGUGUUUGCCUGGGCACUUGACGCACCAUCUAUGAAUCUCCCUGAAGGUGUGGGGUUCCGCGUUGGAGGGGACACAGGGAUCGAUUAUAUCGUCAUACAGCUACACUAUGUGCAACGAUUCCCGGGUUAUCUGACGGAUGACUCCGGGGUAACACUGCACAUGACCUACACACCACAACCGAAGCAAGCGGGUUUCUACGUGUUAGCAGAUACUGGCUACAUACCUCCUCAAAUGCAAGAAUUCCACAUGGAAAGUGCCUGCGAUUACGACAGUUACUCUAUCUUCCCUAUAGGCUAUAGGACGCACUCGCAUAACCUAGGUUUAGUAACAUCUGGCUACCGGAUUAGAGACGGCCACUGGACAGAGCUAGGACGGAUGUCCCCCCAGUUGCCACAGACAUUCUACAACGUCACAACUCCGAACAUCAGUAUACGGCGGGGGGAUAUCUUGGCGGCCAGAUGCACGAUGAAUAGCAUGCAGAGAGAAGAGUAUACAAUGAUUGGCGCCACCAAUACUGACGAGAUGUGUAAUUUCUACAUCCUCUAUUACACAUACCGGAAGGAGAAUCUCAAAGUCCAAUACUGCUUCCGGAAUGCGCAACAUUUCAAGUGGGCAGAUUACCUGGAAACGAUACCGGAUUCUGCCAGUUCCCUAGCGGGGAUUCCGAACAGUGAUGCAAUCAGAGACAAAUUCCGACCACGUCUGCCAAGGAUGAGAGGCAGACGAAAUCAUGCGACUAUGUAACCCAGCUUAAUAUGCAUAUUUCGGGCAGUACAACUAGCAGAAUUGAUGGUACCUAAUUCCAUAUAUAUUGCAUCAUCUAAACAUGUCAAAGUGAUAGUUGUGAACAUGUUCCCCGGAGAGUUGUUGAUCUCAUUCGUGGCCGUAAGCCCCAAAUAUCCACGAUAGCUUGGAGACAUGUUUAACACGCUGAGACCGCAUCUUUUACUCACAUCUUGAUUCAAAUGUUUUGCUCUGGUUUCUAGGCUUGAGAAAAUCCGUUUUUAAAGAUUACAAACUCGGGUUUACUUGUUAUGCAACCGCGUUAUAUUUGGAGAUGUCUGUCGUUUACAAAAUAGAAAAAAUACAGAUGUUGUCUAGGGAUCAAAAUGAAAAAGGAGUACUUCCUGUCAAUACUCGACGUGUUUGUUUACAAGACGUUCUCUAUCACCCGCAUUUCGAUGAAGUCGCUAUUUAAUCAACGACUGUUAACACGGCCUGGUUCCUUUUAGCGCUCCGACGACAAACGCCCAAAACGGGAUAUUUGUGCAACUUGGGCCAUGGGUUUGCUGCCAUCUACUCCAGACAUUGCUUCACUAUCAGACAAUGUUCGUGUAUUACACCGCACAACAUUCGUUUGUAACAGUAUAACGGGGGAUGGAUGAACGUGGUGUAUGCAUAUCUGUCGACCAUGAUUUGGACAGGAUUAACAUAUAUUUCAAUGUACUUGCAAUGCAUGGUGCUAUUUUAAUCAUCUCUGUUUGAUCUAUGUCGACAUAACAAAUAUAAUGCUAACUCUGUUCCUUGUUAUAAUAAUGUACUCUGGAUUGGGCGACACUGACGAAUCAUGUAAAAUGCGAUGCAAAUUGUGGCAGCCAUGAAAACAGAAAAAAUCAUUUAGACAUUACAUUGUUCCAUUGGAAAA